AUGCGUUCCCGAGCCCUCAACCUCCUCUGGCCGCUGGCCGCGGCCGCGCAGAGCCCUCCCUUCAGCAACAGCAGCUGCACGGGCUCGCCGUCGACGCCGGUGCCGUACCAGCUGCAGACGCCGCCCCUCGACACGCCCUGGACGGACAAGGUCGGGCUGAACCCGUGGCCGGAGCACCCGCGCCCGCAGCUCAAGCGCGAGGACUGGGUGUCGCUCAACGGCAUCUGGACGUACCAAGGGGCCGGCAACGCCACCAACGUGACCGACGUGCCCUGCGCGCCGCUGCAGUACGAGACGCUGAUCCCGAGCUGCAUCGAGAGCGCCAUCUCGGGCCUGCAGGUGCUCGACACGUCCGCCAUGUGGUUCGCGACCACGUUCCAGGUGCCCUCCGACUGGGACAGCAGCCAGAAUGUGCUGCUGAACUUCGAGGCGGUCGACUAUGAGGCGACCGUGUACGUCAACGGCCAGCAGGUCAGCUUCCACCGCGGCGGGUACUUCAGGAACACCAUCGACGUGACGUCGUAUCUGAGCUCCAACGGGACCAAUGAGCUCAAGGUGUUUGUCUUCGACCCGACAGACCUGCCCGGCUAUGUGAUCCCCAUCGGCAAGCAGACCAAGAACCCAGAGCACAUCUUCUACAGGCCCUGCAGCGGCAUCUGGCAGACGGUGUGGCUCGAGAGCGCCCCGGCGACGCACAUCACGCAGCUGGACGUCAAGGCCGCCGCCGACGGGUCCACCACCGUCAACGUGCACGCGUCGGGCAACAGCACGGGCCAGCCCGUCGAGGUCACGGUGCUGGACCAGGACGGCAGCGUGCUCGGCUCCGGGUCGGGCACCAGCGGCUCGCCCUUUGACUUCACCGUCGACGGCGUCGACCCCUGGAGCCCGGACUCGCCCACCCUGUACAACCUGACCGUCACCCUCGGCGACGACACCGUUUCGAGCUACACGGGCUUCCGCACGGUCGGCCGCGGCGUCGUGGAUGGCGUCCAGAGGCCGCUGCUGAACGGCGAGUGGAUCUUCCAGUGGGCGACGCUGGACCAGGGCUUCUGGCCUGACGGGAUCCACCUCGCGCCCAACUAUGAGGCUCUGAUCUUCGACCUGCAGGAGCUGAAGAAGCUCGGCUUCAACGCCGUCCGCAAGCACAUCAAAGUUGAGCCUGACCUGUUUUACUAUGCCACCGACUCUCUCGGUCUCAUGGUCAUCCAGGACAUGCCAUCCAUGUCCCCGCGUGUGCCACUGCCCAACGGCGAUCAGCAGGCAGAGUUUGAGCGCCAGCUCGACAUCCUGAUCAACGAGCACUUGAGCUACACCUCCAUUGUGACCUGGAUCAUUUAUAACGAAGGCUGGGGCCAGAUCCGGACGCCGCCGUACCCCGAGUACGCCAUCGCCGAGCGCAUCAGGUCCAUCGACGGCAGCAGGCUGAUCGACGCGACGUCGGGAUGGUACGACCACGGCGCGGGCGACUUCUCCGACAACCACAAGUACGCGAGCCCCCAGUGCGGCGCGCCGUUCUACUCGAUCCAGUCCUCCCCCUACGACAGCAACCGGAUCGGCAUCCAAGGCGAGUUCGGAGGUAUCGGCCACAACGUCUCCAUCGAGAACCUCUGGAACGUCCAGGCGGCAAUCGACACCAUCAACCAGACCUACGAGGUCAACAUCGACCUCGAGGCGUACAACUACCGCGCCCACGUCAUCUUCGAGGAGUACAGGCAGCAGAUCGAGCUGUUCGCCUGCAGCGCCGGCGUGUGGACGCAGACGACCGACGUCGAGGGCGAGGUCAACGGCCUCCUCACCUACGACCGCCGCAUCGAGCGUGUUGAUGUCCAGCAGUGGCAGGACGACAUCCAGGCCCUGUACGACGCGGCUGCCGGGAGGGGCGGGGCGGGGAACUCAACUGCUUCGAUGGAGAAGAUGCGGAUCCGAGACCUUGAUGGAUGA